AUGCAGCAAGCCAUGCUGCGGCUGAUCGUUUUGAUCUCGCCAGUGCUGGCAAUGAAGACCAACACGCAGAGGACCGCCCCUUUCGAUGUGCUCGAAGGCUCCAACCUCACAGGCGAAGAUGCCAAGGUGCUGGAAGACAUUGUGUUGAAGAAUGCGCAGCAUGACCUCAAGCAGGCAGCGGAGGUGCCGAGCCCCGAGACGAACGACACCGAGGGCCUUAGUGGGAACCGCACAGAGAACGCGAGCGCCACCAACAGCACCGGAGCGAUGGACGGCCUCGCAGAGAACUUGGAGUUCUUUUUUCUGAAGGUGGCCCAGCUGGAGACGGUGGUCGAGCUCCAACAGCUGGAGAUUCGAAGCUGCCACGAGAAGAUCGGCAAGUUCGAACAUAUCCUGGGGAUGGAGACGGCCAAGUUGUCCUUGCUGGAGCUGCAGCAGAAGGAGCAGCAAAGGACCCAGCAGGCACAGACGAUUUUUCAGAGAGUCGUGAAGAAGCAUCAUCACCAGCGGGAGAAGAAGACCUUCGUCACGCCUGUGAAGACCACGGAGGGAGAGGCCCAUGUGGAGCCUUUGGAGCCCAGCAGCCUCCUAAGAGAGCGCCAAGAGAGGAGUGCCGGCAGGGCCGAGCAGGGCAAACACAGCAGCAAAUGGGGCUUUAUUGGAGACGCCGUGAACACCGUAAAGGACACAGUGGAGUCAGGUACAGGCCUAGUCGGAGAUGCUCUUGGCGAUGCCUACGAGGCGGCGACCGACAAGAUUUCUUUCGUGGCCGACACCGUCAUCGACACUGUGGAGAAAGCCAUCGACAUCCUCUCGCGGGGCUUCUCGUCCUGGGGUGCCUCUUGCAAAUGGGAGGAACCAGAGAUCCAUUUUGGCGCAUCGGCGGGUUCCAUAAAGUUUCCGGGAGCUCUUUGCCACAUCACUCUGAUGGGGCAGAGAAUCAAGCUCUUUGACUCGCGUUGGAGCAAAGGCUUCUGGAGCGCGCCGUUUACGACGGCCAUGCAGUCAGUGGUCAGAAUGGGCAGUGAGCUCACGGAGUGCGUGCAAACAGGGAUCAAGAUAGUCAUUUGCCUUGCCGAGAAGAUCAUCUACCAUAUGCCCUGGUCGUCCGUCGAUGUGAUGCAGCGAUGGCUUGAGCGCCAAUCCGGGGCGCUGAAGUCUGUGGUCACCAUGGGCAGUGAGCUCACGAGCUGCGCACAAACAGGGCCCGGCAUAGUCGCAUGCCUUGCCGGCAAGAUCGUCGACGUCUUACCCUUGGACUCCCUCAUUGGCCGUUCCAAUCCCCUGCAGUCAGUGGUCAAACUGGGCAGUGAGCUCACAACCUGCGCACAAACAGGGCCCGGCAUAGUCGCAUGCCUUGCCGGCAAGAUCGUCGACGUCUUACCCUUGGACUCCCUCAUUGGCCGUUCCAAUCCCCUGCAGUCAGUGGUCAAACUGGGCAGCGAGCUCACGAGCUGCGCACAAACAGGGCCCGGCAUAGUCGCAUGCCUUGCCGGCAAGAUCGUCGACGUCUUACCCUUGGACUCCCUCAUUGGCCGUUCUAAUCCCCUGCAGUCAGUGGUCAAACUGGGCAGUGAGCUCACGGAGUGCGUGCAAACAGGGCCCAAGAUUGUCAUUUGCCUUGCCGAGAAGAUCAUCUACCAUAUGCCCUGGUCGUCCGUCGAUGUGCUGCAGGGAUGGCUUGAGCACCAAUCCGGGGCGCUGAAGUCUGUGGUCACCAUGGGCAGUGAGCUCACUACCUGCGCGGAUGCAGAUGCCCAGGGCCUUGUGUCGUGCCUGGGUAACAGGAUCAUCCAGUACGUGCCGCCUUUGAGCCACUUGAACCACAUGGGCGACAUCCUCGCCGACUUUCUGGAGGGCUUUGCGAAGGUGGCGGCAACUGUGGCUGGACAGGUCUUGAAGGGCGGAAGCUCCAUGAUCCAAGAGGCCGCCAAGUCGCAGUUUCCACCCGCCGGGGCCGCACCCCUGGUGCAUCACUCCGGCCACGGCCAGAGUCUCCUCAUCAAGACCCACACUCAGGAGCACAAGACCCUCUCAGCUUUGCAGACAAAGUCCGAGCAGGAGGACGCCGGCUUCGGCUUCAAAAUCCACAAAGACUCGGGCAACUACCAGUCCAAGCUCAUCAGUCAGUUCAAUGGCUACGAAAAAGACACGAGCUCCUGCUUGGCUUUCGCACCCAAGAACAAGAGGGGACAAGGCGGCCAGGCAACCGAAGACGACUGGCAGGUCCAAAAUGAGGACGACUUCGUGGCACUGGAGCCGUGGGCAGUGCCAUGCGGAAACAAGUGGAUGAAGAAGAACUGGGACAAGUGGCAAGGUUACUCCUUCUACACAGGCGAGCUGUCUAUUGAGAAGUGCCUCACGGUGACCUACAAGCUAAGCCUUCAGCCUGUGUUUGCUUUUGUGGGCGGUGUGCAAAUCGACCUGAUGCCCAAGCCCUUGGCAGAAGUGGACACGACAGUCUGCUGGCCGACAGGGCGACCUGACGCCCAGGAUUUGAGUGUCUUGCGCACCGAGAUCAGGAGCAGUGGCCUACUUCUUUUCCGCAGGUCCCUGCGCCUCAGCAAGCGCUACAGUGAGCCCAGCGACUUCGUCGACGAGAACGUGCAGAAGAGCACCGCCAGCUGGAACCAGCCCGCGAACCCUCGUGCAGCCAUUUCAAGGACGAAGCUUUUGCAGACGAGCCAGAACGAAACCCAGAGCAAGGACAAGGAGUCUCGCACGGUUCAGGAAGACAACAGCGCGCUGGAGUCCCUGGAGUGGAUGGAGGAGGAGGACCUGUACCUGGCCUCCGUGAACUAUUCCAGGGAUCUUGGAGUCAACCUGACCUCGGAGAUGCGGGGUUUGGACGCCGAGCGGCGCCUGAGCCUGUCCGAAACUAUGGCCCAAGGAGUCUUCCAGCUCUUCAACUUCGAGAACCCUGGGAUGGUGAACUUCAAGCUUCAGGCCCUCCUGGAGGAGAACAACUUCGAGUUGAACGCGCAGAUGGGUUUUGGGCCCUUCACAUCCGGGGAGAAGAAGAUUAAGCUGGUGAACAUCGUGGACCAGUUUGCCGUGGUGCUGUACGCGCUGCCCUUCGUGUCCCCCGAGAGCAGAAACAAGGCCCUUGCCUCCCUGAGGGGCUUUGCCAGCGAUGACCUGCCUCCGCCACCGCCUGUCGCUCUGAAGGCCGGCAUGAACAUCGCGAUUCAUAACCGGAGGUUCAGCCAGUACCUGAACAUUCAUUGGGAUGGAAGCGCGCACUCCAGCCACACCCGCAGCUAUGAGGCUGGCUUCGUGAGACCUUCCAGCAGCUGGAAUUCGGAUUGGGAGCGCUGGACCGUCUUGGAUGCGACCCCGGGGUAUAUUGGCCUGCACCAUCAGAAAACGAACCGCAUCCUGUGCUUUGAUGGCGAGAGGGUUUACGGUUAUGUUGUUGCAGCCAGCGGCUUCAAACUACGGUGGCGAGAUUGCACGUUCAAAGUGGUGACAUGGGCUGGAUUCUUCGGACUCCACAACCUGAUGACUCAGAGGCUUGUGGCCGUGUCAGCACACCAGGCUGCGUACGGCAGUGGACGCAUACACCCCGAUCAUAUUCCCGAUGGUUGGACCUGGACGCAGUUCCGGUUUCAGGUGAUCGAUCCCUACCUGCGGCCGGGUGCAUCGGUAGGCUUCUACAACCCGAAAUGGGGAUCUUGGAUGCGAAUGCAGGACGACUUCAUGGACAACCCUACCUUUGGGGGACGAUAUCCACCAGAGAGCUACGGAGUCGGCGAUGUAGACUGGGGCUGGGAAACCUUCGAGGUGAUGGAUGCCGGGAGCGGCGAGAUUGCGCUCUUCAGCCGCAAAUGGCGGCGUUUCGUUGGGCUGCAGGAGGAUGGAAAGGUCAUCGUGAGUGAGCGCAAAGCUCAAGAGCUCUCCGCCGACAUGACUUGGGCAAGAUUCCAGGUAGUGCCGGCAAGCCAGGGAGGCGAGGUCCUCAUCGCUUUGCACAACCGCGCGAGCAACCGCUUCCUGCACGGACAGGGCAAAUCGGGAAGAGAAGGCAUCAUCGGCUAUGACGAAAUGGCUCCGCAGGACUAUCCCAGUUCGUGGACCUGGUCCCGCUGGCAAGUGGUGGAGAAGAGCCCAGGCGACACACCCAGCAGCCCCUCCCUCCCUGAGGCCUGGAAAUUCAGUGUGCGAUGA